UUCGCGUGCUAGCAUCGGCUUGCUAUCCGACGAAUCUCGCACCGAGGACGUAGCAUCGGACGACGGUAUAAACUCUGUACAGGAGAAACUAAUUUGCCUAAAACUACAAAAUGGGUAAAGAGAAGACUCAUAUCAAUAUCGUUGUCAUUGGACACGUCGAUUCUGGAAAAUCGACUACGACUGGCCAUUUGAUAUACAAAUGCGGUGGCAUCGAUAAACGUACCAUCGAGAAAUUCGAGAAGGAAGCCCAGGAGAUGGGCAAAGGUUCAUUUAAAUACGCUUGGGUGUUAGAUAAAUUGAAGGCUGAGCGUGAACGUGGUAUUACGAUUGAUAUCGCCCUGUGGAAAUUCGAAACCUCCAAAUACUAUGUCACCAUCAUCGACGCUCCUGGACACAGAGAUUUUAUUAAGAACAUGAUCACUGGUACUUCGCAAGCUGAUUGCGCUGUACUCAUUGUCGCAGCUGGUACUGGCGAAUUCGAGGCUGGUAUCUCGAAGAAUGGACAGACUCGUGAGCACGCUUUGCUCGCCUUUACCCUCGGCGUCAAACAACUCAUCGUCGGAGUUAACAAGAUGGAUUCCACCGAGCCUCCGUACUCCGAGACCCGAUUCGAGGAAAUCAAGAAGGAAGUUUCCUCGUACAUCAAAAAGAUCGGCUACAACCCGGCUGCAGUCGCGUUUGUUCCCAUUUCCGGCUGGCACGGAGACAACAUGUUAGAGCCGUCCUCCAAGAUGCCCUGGUUCAAGGGAUGGGCUGUGGAGCGCAAGGAAGGCAAAGCCGACGGCAAAUGCCUUAUUGAAGCUCUCGAUGCCAUCCUGCCACCCACCAGGCCGACCGACAAGGCUCUUCGUCUUCCCCUUCAGGAUGUGUACAAGAUCGGUGGUAUCGGAACAGUACCUGUCGGUCGUGUCGAGACUGGUGUACUGAAACCCGGUAUGGUUGUUACCUUCGCACCAGCUGGACUAACCACUGAAGUUAAGUCCGUCGAGAUGCAUCACGAAGCCCUUACAGAGGCUGUGCCCGGCGACAACGUUGGUUUCAACGUUAAGAACGUUUCCGUCAAGGAAUUGCGUCGUGGAUACGUUGCCGGAGACUCCAAGAACAAUCCGCCCAAGGGUGCCGCUGACUUCACCGCACAGGUCAUCGUGCUCAAUCACCCCGGUCAGAUCAGCAACGGAUACACGCCCGUGUUGGAUUGCCACACCGCUCACAUUGCCUGCAAGUUCGCCGAGAUUAAGGAGAAGUGCGACCGUCGUACCGGCAAGACUACCGAAGAAAAUCCAAAAGCCAUCAAGUCCGGCGACGCCGCCAUCGUCGUCUUGGUGCCCAGCAAGCCCAUGUGCGUGGAGGCUUUCCAAGAGUUCCCGCCUCUGGGACGUUUCGCGGUCCGCGACAUGCGUCAGACGGUAGCUGUCGGCGUCAUCAAGGCCGUCACCUUUAAGGACCAAGCUGGCAAAGUCACCAAGGCCGCUGAGAAAGCCCAGAAGAAGAAAUAACUAUCGUAAUAGUUUCCGUGCAUAUGGCGAUAGUUCCCGUGCGAAGAAUAUGCCGCCGGGUGAACGCCUUCUCUCCUCGUGCGAUUCGCGCGAGACGACUGUUGCAACGUUACCGCCAUCGUUAGCUGAACCUGUGCAGCUGUCAGCUACAAGCAUGAAUGAAGAAACUGCAAUCCAAUCGCGAAGAUUGGCUCUACGCGUGCGCGAAGUCGCGCGGCUGCCGCGCUACCUCGGCACGCAGACAUUUCGUUUGUCGAAACGGUUACGCCACUUCUUCCACCGCAAGGAAUUCCGCAGGAAAAGAACAUACUACGUGUGGUCGACGGGAUGUAUAGCCGGAUCGGGGAUGAUGAGCGUGCUUUCGUCUCGGGGGAAUCGCAUUCAAGGAGGGAGAGCAACUUCGCGCGAACUAUCUAAUAACUUCAUAACGAACAUCAACAUAAUUUAGCGCGGCUUAAUUAUAUUUUCUAAUUAUACGGAAAUAAAAUUCUGUAUAUCCGAUACUCGAGAAGAACAUUAUUACUUUAUCGUCGACAUUGUCACUCGAUUAACCUCGAGUUACGUUUGUCAUCCUUUUUUGAAGAAAAAAAAAUCCUCAUUUAUCGCUCUCACAUCUAUGGUAGCUACACGAUCCGAUCAAAAAUUAGAAUACAUCGCGACAAUGCUCCGUAUACAUAUAUAUUCUUUUGUCUUGGUAGCUUUUUAUAUAUUAAUCGCGUUCAGAGAGACUGUAUUAAUUCAGGAAAACUUAUAGAGAAGAGACAACGGCAAUAGGCCUUGGCAAAAGUAGUUUUCGUUGUUGGGAUAUGGGACCUGUUGUUUCUUCUAAUAAUUAUCUUUCUAUUAUAUAUGCAAUUAUAUAGAUAAGGUAAAUCCAAAGUUCUUUGGAAACACUUUUUCUACGGAAUAUUUCUUUUAUCGACUAACGUCAAGAAGUGCGUACAUAAACAAAAAAAACCAUAACUUUUGCAAUGACUCGGCAUCUUUUAUCCCGCGAUUCUUCUACAAAUUACAUUGGUUACAACAGUUUUCUGUACAUAUACAUAUAUAAAUACCAAUGAUGACGAGUAAGAGCGAAAAUAAAACAGCUACGGAAACCGAGAUGCCGGUGAUUCACUAUCACCAAUAUACAACCCGAUUCCUCAUCUUCCUUGUAAUGCGCAUAAAAGUGUGUUACAUAGGCGCUUCCAUACAAAGAUUCCAAACGCUGUAUUAUUCAAUAAAUGCAUUAAAUAUA